CAUGCGUCUCCCCCUCCACCCGCCCCUCGUCGGUCCCACGCCACACCCCUUCCUGUCCUCUGUCAGCGGUUGACACUUGUCUUCUCUGUGUGUGCGGUCACCCCGCAUCAUUAUCGCCUUUUGCUUCCAGUAGUCACUGUUGUUUGAAGGGAGCGAGGGAGGAGAAGAAAAGGCUCUGACGUCGGCCACCUGCGGCGUCCCCAGAGCCCCAUCCCCCCUCCUGGGGUCCAGCUGCAGCCGCCCCUUUCCUGUGGGGGGACCCGCGCUAGCGCUUUGCUCUGAGGGCAGGUCUGCUGCCGCUGAACUCCCUAAACUCUCGUUUUUCUGCACCGUCUUCAUCGUCCCUUGUGCUGGGGGGAGAGUUCUAGAUGGGCCUUGUUUUCUGCUGGCGCCUUAGCACGUCUGUCCUUCGGUUUCCUGUGUCCUGGGUUGGGAGCGCGGUCCGGCCCCGGCAGCGUCGUCUCCACCGUGUCUCUCGGCCGCUCCGCUCUGCCGCCCCUGCGUGUCGCUGUAUUUCUCUUAUUCGGGGUUCAUUGAGCUGCUCAGGUCUGCAAACGGAUGUGUCUUAUUGGCUCCGUAGAGCUGGGAGCGCUGCUCCCUUCCGGUGCCUCCUUCCGCCCGUCUCCGGCGUGCUCUGCGGCGGCCCUGCCCUUGGUUUUCUUUGUCCUCUUCGGCUUGAGUGGUUUGUAUUCGCCUCUUCAAGUUGACCGAUCUUGUCGACCGUCACUUAGUUUUUAAUCCUGGGCUUUCCUUCCGAGUCCACUUUAGAAUUUAUGUUUUUCUCCUGAAACCCCGUUUUCUCAGCCAUUAUAAAAUCACUUGAUUUUAUUAAAAAACACUUGAUUGGAAGUUUUGGGAAAUUGUAACACAAAGAAAGAAAAAGUUUCCCUACUUACGUAAACAAACAAAACUAUUCACAGAAAGUGUCCCAGCUUCUCUCACCCCUGUGUCCCCUCCAGCCCACCCGACAGCGUUCCAGCCAGAGCUGGGUGUCAGCGGCCGCUCCGUGAGCCGGGGUCCUCCCCACAGCCUGUGCGUCCACCAGUCCCCUGCUCUGCUCCUCUGUGAGUGCUGGGCUCUGACGUGGCCUUGGACAGGAGGCUCUGCUUCCGUGGCAGACGGUGCUCUUGUCCUCGCGCUCCCCAGCGGUACUUCCGUGGACGGGGACGCUCGUGGCUGAGGCUGAGGGAGUGUGCUGCGCUGGUGUCACGCUGUGGCCCCCGCACCCACAGAACAUUCAGUCCAGGUUCAUUGUGGGAUAAGUGGCUUUUCUGGUGUGUCACCCGGAACACGGUAACUUGAGGAGAAACACAGAAACGGCUUCAUCGGAGUUAGAACCUGUGCUUCAGAGGACGCCAUCAAAAAGGUGAAAAACAACCACAGAACAGGAAAAACAUGUUUGCAAAUGAUGUGACUGACAGCCUGCGUCCAGAAUGUGUGAAGACUGCACACGAGUGACAGGAGAAGGUAAGUAACUGACUUACGUGAGCAAAGGAUCCGAACAGACGUUCUGCAGAGGAGGGAGACACGUGACCGGAAACCCUUGCAGAGAUGCUCAGCAGCCUCGGCCACCAAGGAGAUGUGGUGGAAGACCCACCGCGGGCGGCCACCUCACACCCGCAGUGCCCACCCGCAAGAUGGGGGGCGGGGGGUAGGUGCCGCUGCUUGAGAGAGACCCGGUGACUCCUCCUUCCUCCCGGGCUGCUCUCCGCGUGUCCCCGGAAGAGCUCCUCACCCGUUAUCCAGACGGGCAGGGGCGCGGCGCUGCGCAGAGUGCUCGGCCGUGAUGUCUGCCCCUGCUCCCCUUGCUCGUUCCGUGUGAUAGUCACCCUGCGCUCCUAGGUGGGCCGGGCUGCGUCGGUCCCUUUUCAGGCCAGAAUGAGAAGCCCACGGAGAGGGGUCUUCGUGGACGUCCUGCCCCUGGCCAGUGGUGGUCAUGAAGGAGCUGGCUGUUGUCACAAAACAGGACUUUGGUACUUAAGCACUGACCGCACGCGAUGGCCUUCGGGAGUGCUUUCCAUUUCCCUGGCUCGUGAGUGGUCUGCCGGGCUCUGUCCUGGUGUGCGGGCAGCCGGCCUGGGCACCGUGGCUGCGGGGCGCAGGAGACGGACCCUGGAUUGCGUUCCUACCCUGUACAUGAAAAUCGUGGGGCGUGUGGCAGCAUUGACGACCUUGGCGCCGCAGACGGGUGUCUUCAUUCUGUGCAUCUAGCACUGGGCUUUACUUUCUUUCUGGUGCAUUCCAAAGGCGGCCUGUCCUUCGUGACUUGUCUGAAUACCACGGUUUCUCUUGUGCUUUGAGGUAAAAUUUGCUGACAGCGACUCCGCGGAUCCUGACUAUUGGACAAGCCAUGCCCCUGUCGACCCAAACCCACGUGGAGGUCACGGACACUCUCGUCCCCCAUCCCCUUCCCGGGCAGAUGCCCCCCCCCCCCCCACUGUCUAGGUGACCAUCUUGCUCUGUUUGCAGUUCGUCCGCGGUGUGUAUUUCCGCGGUUCUCCGCGUCCUCAGGAUAAGCGCGAACACGUCCCCUUUCCCACGGUGCCUGACCCGACACGCGUGCUGCAUACUCGCAGCCUGUUAGGUCAGACCUCUGCUUUAUGUGUUAGUUCAUGGGCGUGGCUUGAGCAGCAUUUUAUCUUAAGCCGGGCCGGCAUCGAGGACUCCAAGAAGUGGGGGAUGCUGUUCCUGGUGAACCAGCUGUUCAAGAUCUACUUUAAGAUCAACAAGCUACACCUGUGCAAGCCCCUCAUCAGAGCCAUCGACAGCUCCAACCUCAAGGACGACUAUAGCACCGCCCAGAGGGUGACCUUCAGGUACUACGUCGGGCGCAAGGCCAUGUUCGACAGCGACUUCAAGCAAGCUGAGGAGUACCUGUCCUUUGCCUUUGAGCACUGCCACCGCUCGAGUCAGAAGAACAAACGGAUGAUUCUCAUUUAUUUGCUCCCAGUGAAAAUGCUGCUGGGUCACAUGCCGACCCUCGAGCUGUUGAGAAAGUAUCAUCUCAUGCAGUUUGCGGAAGUGACCAAAGCUGUCAGCGAAGGCAACCUUUUGCUCUUGAACGAGGCCCUUACGAAGCACGAGACCUUCUUCAUCCGCUGUGGUAUUUUCCUUAUCCUUGAGAAGCUGAAGAUCAUCACCUACAGGAAUCUCUUCAAGAAAGUGUACCUGCUGCUCAGAACACACCAGCUGUCCCUGGAUGCUUUUCUGGUUGCCUUGAAGUUCAUGCAGGUGGAAGACGUGGACAUCGAUGAGGUGCAGUGCAUCCUGGCCAACCUGAUCUACAUGGGUCACAUUAAAGGCUACAUCUCACAUCAGCAUCAGAAGCUGGUUGUUAGCAAGCAGAACCCGUUCCCCCCGCUGUCGACGGUGUGCUGACUGCGCGGCCCCGAGGACGGGAGAGCGGUGCGUUCCUCGUGUCACCGUCUGUGCCGACGGCGCCGCCCCUGGGCCAGGGCUCUGCGGCCGGGCUCUCCGGAGCUCCUUUGCCAGGACUCACGGGCACCUUGAAAGCUCCGGGCGCACAGCUGACGUCCGCCGCACGGAGAGCGGGAGCUCCUCCAGAAAACGCGGACGGGUGACGGGGCUCUGUCCCCAGGGCGGCUGUUUCCUCGGAGGUGCUGUUCGCAAAGUCACCUUUGUGAAUUUUUACAUGGCCUUUUCCCUCAGACGGCACGCCGAGUUUCUACAAAUGGCGUAUCUUUUAUUCUGUCUCCUGGGGGCAUAUCUAUUUUUCUAUGUUAAAUUGGAACUUUGUGUCUGAUCAGAGUGUUUGGUUAAUUUAAAGUUUCUUUUUACAGAAUGAAUUUAUUUUGGUAAUUUUCCACAUU